AUGUGCCCUGAACUUCGGUGUACACGACGCUCAUUCCACUUCGAUGCCAAAAAGCCAAAUGAUCUGCUGCGAUCAGGCCAAGAGUUCAAGCUGGACGGGAUGAACUUACGCAUUCCGACACCGACAGAUCGCGUAGUGUUGGUUCACCGGCCCAGUUUGGAGUCGUCGUCGUCGUCGGCGUCAUGGCAGGAUCUCUUCGCGAUGGGGAAGAUGGAGUUAGGUGGGCGGGAGUGGGGUCGCUUUUCGACAGCCCGCGACACCCCGGGCGGCUUAGUCUGA